AUACAGGUUUUAAUUUUGAAAUAAUAUGUUAAACAAUACUACAUCAAAUCCACGUUUAAAAUAGUAUGACGCGCGGGAUUAUUGGAAGAUUUGAAACUUUACUUAGAACCUGAAGAACAUCACUCGUCAAAUUAAUGUUUCUAACUUGAGAAAGGAAGAGAAAAGAAAGCUAUUUUUUUUUUUACUGCCAUGGACUGGAGGAAGCCAAACGAAAGUUGCUUGUUCUACACAGAGGGGCUCGGAUCUAGAGGGGAGAAUGAUCUUCGGUACGUGAAAGCCGUCAAGAAUCCGCCCCUGUACGGGCUGUGUACCCGAACUUCCCGCCGUGACCACCGCCCACCCAGCUGGCCCCCGGGCACGGAGUACCAGUACGCCUACUGCAGCAGCUAUAGGAGUCUGCUGCGCCCAUAGAGGACAAGGACGCAGGGUGGGGCGUCUGUUGGCCCAGGGGGUGGCGACAACAACGGCGCCCCAGAGGGGAACACCCUCUGUUUAAGCUGUACGAGACCACGCCCCACCCCCUGGUAGACAAACACUACCGGGGCGCCAUCUACCACCCCGACGACCCCAUGGGGGUGCAGGUCCCCGAGGAGUUGACCAAGUUGAGGGAGAACCUGGACGGUUCCAUCAGGAGGAUGAGCUGCCAGGAGCAUCUACAGAACCCCUACACCCCCAACUAUCGCUACCAGGACUGGGUGUCGCGGCCACUGACAGAGAUUGUCAGAGAGAUCGAAGCCAACCACACCCUGUACUGCCACCUACCCCCCGCCCCCACCCAGUACUGGGACUUCUACAACGAAGUGCGCAUGGGCAGACCAGCGAAAAAAUCCGCCCCGGAAGUAGAAUACCGCGAGUGUCGGGUCAUCCCAAUCCCAGCUUACAAGGACAUCCCGGAUGUGGUUCCCAGUGGCGCCACCAAUCACUAUGGUAACCACUCCAAGUACCAGAUGUCACUGCCGCCAUUUUAUGACCCUGAAGCCUCUCAACCGUGUCAGUUCAAAAAAUAAUGCGCGUACAAGCAGUCUGGAGUGUGAGUUAAACUUUCCCGUACCAUCUGUAAGCUCGAGUCGGUGCUAAACAUCAACACAUUUGAUUAAAUCAUUCUAAUUAAAGUCAUUUAAAGAAUAGAGAAAUGUCGACUUGUAUCC